AUGAAAACUACAUCCCUUGUUAAGCGACUUAAAUGGUCGUUUUCUGGAAAUAUGAAUCCUCAUGCACUUGUCAUUGGAGAUGUCGAUAAUGACGAUAAAAACGAGUUUGUGAUUGGAAAUCUGAGUGGUGAUUUAGCCAUUUUCAAAGGAAAAUGUCAGGAUGGAUAUCCCUCAUAUAUCUGUCGUGGCCUUGGAACAAUCACUUGUAUCGCAAUCGGAGACGUUCGAAAUCACGGAAAAAAUUCAGUUGUGGUCAUCAAUGCUGAAGGUCAUGCACAUAUAUUUGAUAUACCCGUUAAAGCAAAACAUGCAGAGCAAGUAUCUGUGGAUGAUUAUCUCAGAGGCGGACGGCGUUCUUCUGAUACAGCCAGUGUGGUUGCAUUCAAACGAAUGUUGAGCAACAGCAGCUAUUUUACGGCAGGCGGCAAUCAUUCUGAUCAAAUCAAGCCUGCAUCACGAAUAUAUGACCUUGAGAAACCAAAUAUUACUCUAAAAGUACCAGUCAAUGUGAAUAAGGUCCUUAUAGCAGAUAUUGACAAUGACAAGAAGAAUGAACUUAUCUUGGCUCGUACAGAUCGUAUCUUACACGUAUUCCGUCUGGCUUCCUGCGAUAUCACAGCAACAACAGUACCAGCUGAUCCUAAAGGGAGUACUCAGUUUCCUACUUUCAGUAACCUUGUUUCACCAUCUUCAUCUACUUCAAAUAUACAUCAAUUAAACACUAAAUCAUCGAAAAGAGGUACAAGAUACAGUUUAUCGGAGGUCAACAUGUGGGUAUUUGAUGGUCAAAUAAGUUCUUUAUGCACUACAACGCAUCCAGAAAAGCCAGAUGAACCUCUGUUGCUCGUUGCUCAACCAGGAAAUACGUUUAUCAUUAUCGAUAAGGAUGGAAAUAGAUAUAAUCAUGAUUUUACACUCCAAUAUGAACAGUCAGAGCAGCGUCAGCAGUAUCAUUAUCAGCAAGAUGGUACUGAAGAAAAUGGAGUGAUACAGGAUGAAGCAAGUGAUAUUACUGAUAACUUGGGAAACACAUUCACUAGGACGAAUUAUAUCAUUAAGAAUUGGCCAGUAGUUGAUAAUAAUACGAUGGCGGGGAAAGGACAAACGGGAGAUCAUCCUUUUGAAUCUGGUGCUGUUGCAACUGAAAUUGUGGUUGGAAAAAGACACUUGCAAGGAAAUUCAUUUACAACAAAUGAAAUCGGCAUGUUGAGCAUGGAUGGGAAGUUUUCAAUCUAUGACUUAAAGAACAAGACAAUCUCUCAUCGAGACCUGUUUGUGACUCAUAAACUGUUUAGUUUGGCUACAUUGGAUAUUUCAAAGCCUUCAAUAAGAUCAAACAAUAGUGAUUACGAAUCCUCUAUUAAACAAAGCGAUGCAGCUACCUCCAAAAGUGGAACCCAAACACCGAUUAGUCAUACGUCACAACUUAGAUACACAUCUGAGCUAGAUGAAGGAUCGAGUAGUGAAUAUGAUGAUGAGAGCUGGGACGAAGCAAGUGAAAACGAAGAGACACCAGGCUGUGAUUUGUUUGUGGCAUGCGCAUGGAAUGGAGUGACCUAUCUCAUAGAUUGGAGUAGAAGAAGGGAAGAUGCAAAGAUCAAGUAUCAACUUGUCAAGUUUGCAUUUGAAGGAAGAGUGUGCGCAUUCACAGCAGGUCUUUAUGCGAUAGAUGAUGAAAAUGUGCCGUGUCUGGUUUAUGUUGACUUUGAGGAUCAGAUUUAUGUUUACUAUGAUGUUCACAUAUCGACUGGGCCUGUCAAUGGAUUUAUUGACACACUUGAUGAUGAUGUAGAGGAAGCAAUUGAUCGUAUUAUUGGUAUUGAAGGUGCUAUUGAUUCAUUAAUACAGCCAGAUCAACGAAAACCUCAAAGGAAAUCAAAUGAGGAUGAAGAAUUGGAAGAAGAAGAGGGCGAUGCAAUCGAUUUGGGCGAUGGAUGGAGAGGUAUAGCUAAUGAAGAGGAGUGUGACUUUAUAAAGCAAGGUGAUUCAGAUAUGCUCAACUUGGCAGACUUUAUACAUGAGUGUUUGUAUGAUUUUGAUAGUAUGAAGGAUAAACUAGAAAAGGAGAUGAUUUCAUUUGAAAAAAGCACACUAUCUCAUCGCUUAUUACCAGCUACAGACAUACGUAGAUUAUCAGAUCUAAAUAUUAGCAUUGGGCCCAAUUUGGACAAUGAGGUAACAUCAGAUCGUUCAAUGAUUGACGAAGAAGAAGAAGGAGCAAGUAGCAAAUAUCUCUUCUCAGCUGCUCGUAGUGAAGAAUCAUCAGAGAUUUAUGAUAAUGAUAUACAUAUUGCAUCAUGGAUAGAAGGUUCAUUAAUAGCUUCUUCUAUAUUUAAAGAACCAGAAGACUCUUCUGGAGAAGAAGACCAACAAGAGUAUUGA